CAUCAUCACGAACCUCCGCAUACCAGCGCUAGACGCAGGGUCCCAACGGGACCAGAUGGUCCAGACAGAGCUCCGCUCAUCUCCCAAAGGCAUCGCCCCCCUGUGUCAAACCCCCAGCACAAUGGCUUGUGUUCCCUCCCCUCUGACGCGCCGGAUCCACAUAAAUAGAAGGCUCUCCAGCUCUGCGGCACACUUCAGCUCAGCCGCUUCAAGCGCAAGUAUAUCCCCUCAAAAAAACACCGCAACAAGCAGAAAACAAAAUGAGUCCCAGCAUCACUACUGAGGCCAACCAGCUUCUCCCUGCCAGGUCCACCGUUGCCCAGAGAAAACAAGCCAACGAACUGAGAAAGACUCUUAAACCCUUGCUGGAGAAGAGAAGACGUGCUCGUAUCAACGACAGUCUCAGUCAUUUGAAAAGCCUGAUUCUUCCUCUGGUUGGCAAAGACAACGCACGCUACUCCAAGCUGGAGAAAGCUGACAUUCUGGAAAUGACAGUCCGUUUCCUCAGAGACCUUCCUUCCACUCCAGUCAAAGAUUCCGCAGAGAGUUACAGAGAAGGCUACAAAGCCUGCCUCCAGCGCGUCUCCACUCUGCUUCCCAAAACGAGCCUGGACCAAGACGCGUGUCAGCGGGUGAACGAAUUUGUCCAGCAGUCCACGUCCGCCACCGUCACCCCAACCUGCCUGAACUGCUGCGCUCAGAGCUCCAGGACUCUCCCUCAGAUCCAUAAGAGACUCCUGAGCCUCAAAUCCAGCUUCAGCUCCAGACUGGAGAGCCAGUCCCGCAGCAGCGGCGGCGCAGUGGCUCCCAGCCGAGCGCAGUCCGGCCCGCAGGCUGUCGGAGCUGCCAUGUGGAGACCUUGGUAGAUUAGAUGGACAUUGAUCUCAUGCGUGUUAUUUAUUUUGUGAUGUUAUUUAUGCUAUUUGUAUUCCAAUGACCGUAAUCUUAGCGAUUAAGAAUUGUUGGAGUUGCUGUACAAUAAUUUAAUUCAGCAUUUGGCUCCUUUACAGUUUCAUGCCAGAGAGCAAACGAGCACAGAUAGGAAAAGAAACGGAAGUCUAUGAGCUUUUUUUAAAAUGCAAUCUUCUUUGGGGUUUCAAAGAUAUGGGUUGUAGACAACACUUUUGUAAAACCCCAAGGGUUAUUUUGUUGGAAGUUUGCACGAUAUGGACUUAAAAGUAUUUUGGUCUGUGCAAAAGAAUAGUCUGUAAACACUAUGUGUUAAAUAGGAUUAUAUAGUAUUCACUGACGUUAUGUAGCCUAAGAAAAAAAAUGUUUUAUGACUCUUCAAAUGUUUUGUGACACUUGUAAUGUUUUGUCAUUGACAACAAACUUUUCAAUAA